AUUGAUUAACGCUUGUGAAAGUCAGUUGCAUCGAGCUUACAAUUUGAACCUAAUAAUGAUACGAUUCGCGGGUCUACUGUUCUUAUGGCUGCCAAUUGCCAUGGCAGUAAGCACGACGUACACGCCAUGCACUUUGUGCCUUUACCAGGCAUCAUCGUCGAAAUUGGCGGCAACCAAAGUACGACUCUUUACAGGCGAGGACGUCAACACGUACACGGAAGUAGCAUCUACCGAAGCUCUGAGCUUGUUCGCUCAAAUGGACGUCAGCAAGCCGACUGUCGUUUACACCCAUGGUUUGUACGGUACUCCGAGUUGGCAAAGCACCAAAGCAAUCAUCGAUGCGUACCUCCAACGGGGAGACCACAACGUUCUGUACAUGAACUGGGCGAACAUCGCUGUCAGUGCGUACGUCUACGCGGCUCGAAGUGUUCCUGGUGUCGGUUACACCCUGGCCACCAUCCUCAACGAUUGGGUGGCGGCUGGUCUGGACUCGUCCUCCCUUCACCUCGUCGGCCAUUCGAUGGGUGCCGAAAUCUCAGGAUAUGCUGGACGUUACGCGAACUUUACAGUGCCCCGGAUCGUGGCUUUGGACCCUGCGGGACCCUUGUUCUAUACGAUUCUCGACCAUGUAAAUACCGACGAUGCUGAUUUCGUCCAAGUAAUUCAUUCGGACGACGGCGUCAUUGGACUUAACUCAGAUGUAGGACACGUCGACUUUUAUCCUAACGGCGGUACCAACUUACAGCCAGGAUGUGGUUUAGCUGGACAUAUCUGUAGCCACCUUAGAGCUUGUUUCUACUAUGCUGAGUCCAUACGAAAUGAGUCUGCUUACGUUGGCCAAACAUGCGAUUCGUACCGGAAGUUCAAGCAAGGUUCAUGCGAUUCGAAUGAUGUAGCGGUGAUGGGUUUCGCCACCCCGACAACCGCGAGUGGCAAAUACUAUUUUCAAACUAACGCGGACACACCUUACGGUCGAGGAUCGCUGGGCAUCACUUACGAUUCUUCAACAAAUCUAAUAACUUCAACUGUCGAAGAUCUGUGGGAAGGACUGACAUCACUCUUUGGUUGAAAUUAGUUAAGCGUCGUAGCAUCGCUAUUAUCAAAGUUCUGAAGAACCUGUCUCAUAUAUACAUAGAGAGUAGAGUUUCUACGGUGACAUGUAUUUCACUUUGGAGCAAAGCAUGUUCAACUGACAUUGAAUAACAAAUAUUUGUAACAUCGUUCUUUCGGGACUGUAAACAUUAAAUGAGAAUGUAAAUAUCA